UGUCCCUCUUCUCUUCUUCCUUCUCUCUCCACCCUCAUCUUUCUCUCUCUAGAAUUUGGUUGUGUUUGGUUUCAUAUUUUCUCAGUCAUAGAAAAUAAAGAAGCAAAGAGAGAAACAGAGAGAAAGGGCAAGAAACUGAAAGAGAGAUUAGCCAUGCCCUUGUCGUAUUGGAACCUCCACUUUGGUUUCUCUCUCUACAAUCACCACUCCUCUCUCUGUAUAAUUCCUCUGCUCCAAUGCGAAGCUGCGAUCUCCUACAUGUAAUCCCACCAUAAUCCGUACAAACCCUCUUUCUCUUCCUCUGAUCUCUCCAUCAUGUCCCAAUCCUCUUCCCCUCCGAUCCACAACCACCGAUCUUCCCCUCAACCCCACUCCCAAAACGACACUCCCACCCCUCAAAACGACACCCAAACCACCACCACAACCGCCGCCGCAAUCCCCGCCCCCGCCGUCACAAGGAAGGAGCGUCCGCCUCGCGCGUGCACGACCAGGGCUGCGGCGCGACUCUACGCGGACCCGCCGGUGAUCGAGCGCCGGUCGAAGCCGGCCAAGAAGGAGCGGAACGAAGAGUCGCCGCAGCAGCAGCAGCAAUGCGCCAGCAAGAUCGUGACGCCGCUCGUGAACUCGCCUCCGCCCUCGCAGUUGCCGCGCUGGACCCUCCGUUCCAUGUGGGAGUUGGCUUCCAUACUCAAUUUCUUGCAUGUUUUUAGGCCCCUUUUGAAUAUUGCAGUGGAAUUCUCCGCUGAAGAGUUCGAGACAGCUUUGAUUACGCCCAACAACACUUUGUCUGAUAUACAUAUUCCCUUAUUGAAGGCAAUCCCUCCUGUUACACGAAUGGCACUUACACGUGGUACUUGGGUUACCGUUUUAUGCAGAAAAUUGAGAGACUGGUGGCAUUGGGUUGCAGAAGGGGAGAUACCCAUUGUUGCUUCGCAAGGGGCUGAGGUUGGAAUGUAUAAUGCUCUUGAUCCUGGGGUUCGUGUGGUGAUCCUGAAAGCAUUAUGUGACAUUCGGGUUGAGCAAGAAGAUAUCCGGAUCUUUAUUGACAACUCAAUUAAACAUGGUGUUCAACUGUCAGCAUUUCGUAAAGAACGAGUAGGGGGUGAUUCACAUGGAAUUUCUUACUGGUAUGAAGAUGAUCCUAUUAUUGGUCAUCGAUUAUACCGGGAGAUAAGGAAAGUUGAAGUGAAGAAAGCAAAGGUCAAGGGUUCCCAGUGCCUUCCCAAUGCAUCUUACCAGUGGGAGACGGUUGCAACUAAUUUGGAUGAAUUUCAAGAUGUGUCUGAAAAGCUUUUCUCAAGUAAAAAUAGAACAGAAGCUUCACUAGGGAAGAAGUUAAAGAAUGACAUGCUUCCUGAGAUUGAGAAGGUCCACAAGAGGAAAGAGAGGAUGCUGAAAAAACAACAUAGACAAGCUCUUCUUCUUGAUAACUUCUUGAGUGUGGAUGGGCUUGCCCCAGGACGUUCACUCCGCGACAGAAAACCUGUCACCUAUACAUUUGAUGAUUAUGACCGGUCAAUCAAUGAGGCAAUCAAAAUUACCAAACGGAAACCACCAUCCCCAGAACCUACUGUUAGAAGAGAGGGUGUUACAAAACCUGAGCCUUCUACAAAUGGUAGAUGGAGUGGUCCUUCACAAGCUCCUCAACAUGUUAAUUUCAAUGCACUGUCUCCAAAAUCACCUGAUUAUGAUGAGAUUGAUGAUGAACAUAAAUCUGAACCCUUGGACCGAAGCAAUCGGCGAAGACAAAGGCCUCAACGAUAUUCAGAGAAGGAAUUUGUUGAAGCAGUUUCAGAUAAUGAUGCUGACUUUGACAGUGAUGAUGAUAUAGUCGGAGAAGCUGUAUAUGAUGAGGAAUAUUUGAGGAAACGUAAACAGCGGAAGCUGUCCAGCAGCUCUGAAGGGGAUGAAGAGUACCGUUGGGAUGAAGAAAAUCCUGAAGAUGAGGAGGAGGAAGAAGAAGAAGAGGAGUCCUUAAGUAUCAGUGAGGAUAGUGAUGGGCCACAAAGGUUUAAGAAGUUGCCAGGCCGUACUAGGAGGGAAACAAAAUUAAGGUCAGUUGAUGAGCUGCAGUCAGGCCUAAGACGGAGUAAAAGGGCCACCAGAAACCGUAUAAAUUACCGACAAUAUGAUUUGUCAGAAUCAGAAACGGAGUCAUUAAAACAGGAGAAAUCAAAUGCAUCAGAUGGGCGCUCAGAUGAAAGUGAUAAGGUUGAGUAUUCUAUGGGAAGUCAAGAUUCUGAUGACAAUGAUGAUGAUCAGGAACUGAAGGUUGAUCAGCCUGUUGAGAAUUAUCCUCAAACAGUAGAAAAAGAGAUAAAUCAACCUUCUGAGAAAUCAAAUAGCCCAGUACAAGAUGAAGCUGAAGGUGUACGAAAAAGGCGUUUUCUUGACCUAAAUGAGCUUGCCCCUGGUUCUGGUUUUGAUGAUGGUCCAAACACAAUACUGAAAGAUGAUACAAAUGACUUCUAAAGCUUCCAUUUCUGCCACAAAGCGAGGGUUGUAGUUUUUCUCAGGGAAGCUAAAUGUAUGAUAGUAAAUUUAUAAAUUUUGUGAUAAGCCCAUGGAGGAAGUAAUGCUUAGAGAGUCCUUCCUUGGCGUAAUCAAGCCACUACCUGAUGUAACUCUUUCAUGAUUUGCAGCAGGGAGCAAUAUGAUGCUGAGAAUUAUGUAGAUUGGGUAGUCAUUUUUUAGUAUGUCUACAUUCAAAGAAACCUACGACAGAUGAAUGGGAAUUUGUUGGGAGUUCUUUAGCCUUUUCUUUAUCCAGUCGAUGUACAAUAACCCUUUAACUGAUAUUGUUACUGAAAGAUUUGCUUUUAGAUGUUCAGGCUCCCUUGUUUUAUCAUUCAUGAUCAUGACAAUGGUCCGCCUCUGAGCAUUUGGGUUGGUUGGGUCAGUAGACGAAAUGAUCAGAUUAGAUACUGAAUUCCUUGUAACAAAACCAUCCUCCCUCAAAAGGUAACCAAUUUUCAAUUUUUUUUGUCAAUC